CUCGCCCUGCCCCGCUCCCGAUGCUGGCGGAGGGUUUCUCCCUCCACCAUGAAGCUGCUGCGCUGCCUGCCCGCGAUCUUCAGCCACUGGCUGCUGCUGAAGGUGGUCUGCAUGGAAGGCCACAUAACCAAAACCUUGGGCUACCUGGAGCUGGGCACCUCGGGGCUCCUCAAGACUCUCCCGCCCGGUGCCUUGAAGCCUCCGCCCCUGACCCCGGCCCGGCUGUUCUCUGGGGAGCCCUCGAAGGCCAAGGCUGGCGCCCUGAGCCCCUGGGCCUGGCCUAGGAACCAGACGGGCGCCGAGCCCCCAGGCCAGUGGGUCCAGCGCAAGCCCUCGCUCAAGAUGGGCCGGGCCCGGAAGAUCUUCGGCUGGGGCGACUUCUACUUCAACAUCAAGACGCUCAAGUUCAGCCUCCUGGUGACGGGCAAGAUCGUGGACCACGUCAACGGCACCUUCAGCGUCUACUUCCGGCACAACUCCUCCAGCCUGGGCAACGUCUCCGUCAGCAUCGUGCCCCCGGGCAAGGUGGUGGAGUUUGACGUGCUGGGCCCCCCGCCGGCCCCCGAGCUCCAGCAGGCCACCCUGCCCGAGGCCAAGGAGCCCCGGGCCUUCAACUGCCACGUGGAGUACGAGAAGACCAACCGGGCCCGGAAGAACAAGCCCUGCCUCUACGACCCGGCCAAGGUGUGCUUCACCGAGCACACGCAGAGCCACGCCGCCUGGCUGUGCGCCAAGCCCUUCAAAGUCAUCUGCAUCUUCGUCUCCUUCUGUAGCUUUGACUACAAGCUGGUGCAGAAGGUCUGCCCCGAUUACAACUUCCAGCACGACCGCCCCUACUUCGGCUGAGCUCCCCCCUCCCCCCCAAAUAAAAACCCAGCUCGCACAGCAGCUGAGGGGUGGGGAAGGACCCUGCCUCGCCCUGGUGGGGUUGGAGGAUGGGCUUCUCCAAGCUGCGCGGAGAAGGGGGUGC